AUGUCAACAUCUUUUGCCAACUAUCUCCUAGCGGCUAUCAGCACUGUCACUAUCCAUCCCAUACAUCACAUGAAGGACAAAAUGGAUAUACUCAUGAAGAGUGAGUUGGGCCUGCAAGACCAAGAUCCCCAGGUUCUGUGGGAGGAGGACCUGCAGCCUAAGACCUCCAUCCUUAAAAUCCUCAUUCCUCUAUCAAAUCUUAGCAAAUCGGAAAUCAAGAGGAUCACUUACAUCAAACAAGUACUGGGAAGCCAAACUCAGAUACAUGGGGCUUCCAUUUUUGAUAAGGAAUGGCGACUCAAGAAUGCUUUUCAGAGGAAACACAAGACAGAUACCGACAUGGAACUUGAAGGGGAUUCCAUGCUAGAGACGGAGGGCAGCUUGGAGCAGCAGGCUUUUGUCAAGGCUGGAACAAAAAGAGCAAAGUCUGUAGGAAAAACAGAGGAAAAGAAUUGGGAGCGUCUUUUCCGGGCGGUAUACUAUCACAUGUGCGAACUGCUCAAGGAGCAAGUCCAAGAGCGCAAUGUUGAUGGAUCACAGCACUCGUCAUCACAGUGCUCAGGAACCCAGCACUUGCACAUUUUGCCCUUCACAGAGAUAGCAGAUCUCUGGUACUGGUCUUCAGAGUUCGCCACCAAUCCCAUGCCAGACACUACCAAUUCACAGAAGCCUGAUCUCAUUCUCCUGGAUUACAGGCUCAGAAAGCUCAGUUUCUCGCAAAAGUCCUGGAAAGACAUCCUCACAGGAGUUGAGAUUACCCAAUCUGACCUCUCUGUCAAUUGCAAAAUACCCUUGUUCUUGGGGGUUGCUACCAAGGGCUAUCUGAUGAUGUGGGAGCAACCAUGGCGUCAUUUCAUCCUACUUUUCAGUAUCUCUAAGUUCAAACUUCAUGCCCAUUAUAUGGAUCGCUCUGGUAUGGUGAUCUCAAAACCACUCCUGAUCGUUACAUCCCCCAUACAUUUUGUCAAUGUGUUGAAUACCGUCACUUUAGCAAAUCGCUCUUCCCUUGGCUUUGAUCCAACAAUCCAUAUUUGCAACUCUUGCAACACCAUUCCAACUCACACUAAUUUACCAAAUGGCUUUAAUGCCAUGCUUCCCGGGGCGAUAGGCUGGGAGUAUGCACUGAAGGAUUGUUGGGUCAACGAGGAUGUCAAAGACGUCGAGAUACAGCUUCUCAAAGUGGUCGAAGGCAUCCUGAACGUGGUUCAACUCAAGAAAUAUUGGGAUGUGCUUUACAAUGGGAAGCCCGACUCCACUUCGCACAUUCAUAGUCAUUGCUCAACAUUCAAAUUCGACAAAAAAAUUCAUCAGCAUAUUCUCUUAACACCCUGCAGGGUGCCAUUGAUGCACUUCAAUGAUGUACCUGAGUUAAUUGGGGUUUUUCAUGACCUUGUUGUUGGAAAAGGCUAUUUUAUAGACUUUGACCAUGCAAAGUUUCUCAAUGAUGAUGGGAAAGUGGAUGCGAGUCCACGCGGUACUGGAACUGUACCAUACAUAUCCUUUCGCGUUCUCCGCCUAAUGGGAGAUGGCCAUAUGGUCCAAAAUACACCCUGCGACGAUCUUGAGUCGCUUUUUUACAUCCUGCUUGAAUUUACUGUGAUGUAUCUAGGACCGAAGGGUGCACUGGCCCCCCAACCUAGUGAAGAAGUUUUGCGACGGGACGCCAUUCGGAGGUGGGCACUCUCCUACAAGAACAUGACCCAAGAUGGUCUUGCGACCAGCAGUAUUUGGAAGUGGGAAUUCAUCCAUGGUCUGGCUGACCCACUGUUAAUCACCCCAUACUUUAUCCUCUGCCGCCCCCUCCUUGAAGAGUGGCAUUGUGCAAUUUCUCUCACAAGUACUCAUCAGCAAGUUGCUCAGAUACCUCCUCCUGCACUUCCUGCACCUCCAUCUGCGCCGGAACCAACCAUCACUCCAUCGCCUCCUCCCGCAUCUACAUCACAGCUACCACCAUCUGUGCCUGCCAGCGCACCAACUGUCGCCCAGUUGCUUCCUGAUCUUUCCUUAGCUGUUUGUCGGCCUCGUCGCUCAAAGAUGGCACCUGUCAAACACUAG